AUGCCCCUAGACGUUUACGAGAAACACCCUGUCGCUCUCGCUCGCGAAAGAGCCAAGGCAGAGGCAGCAGCGGCUGCCGCACAUGAUGAAGCCCAGGACUAUUGCCGCAUCUGCCGCGGCGAGGCUACCCCAGACCAGCCGUUAUUUUACCCUUGCAAGUGCAGCGGAAGCAUCAAAUUCGUCCACCAGGAAUGUUUGAUGGAAUGGCUGUCCCAUUCUCAAAAGAAAAAAUGCGAGCUUUGCAAGACCUCCUUUCGCUUCACCAAGAUCUACGACCGGUCCAUGCCAGCCACAUUGCCCUUUCCUCUCUUCCUCCGCCAACUUGUACGUCAUUCGCUGAAGGGGAUAUCUCGCUGGAUGCGUUAUGUAGCUGUGGCAAUCAUAUGGCUGGGCUGUCUUCCUUGGUGCAUAAGACAAGCAUGGCGAGGUCUGUUCUGGCUAGCUGACGGAGGCUGGCUGAAUGAGAAGGAUGUCUACACCGCUGCAGAGAUCGGUGCGAAUGCUACUUCGACCUGGCCUGCUGUACAGUCUCCGGAGAUCGCGGCUGUCAACUUCACGGUUCCGGAGUACCUCGAACGGGUGAAGCUGGUGUUUCCUCCCAUGCAAGUGUCUCUGGCCGAUAUUGCUCGCGUGGUGUUUAGCCAAGGUUUGAUCGGCAGGCUUCUGCAACUUGUCUUCUCUCUGGUCAUGCCUCUUCCGGUCCAUAAUACUGGCUCAGCCAACGUGUCCAACGCGUCGUCGCCAUUCUUCAUGUUGGAACGACCUCCAUCUGUUCUAUCAGACGUUCAGUUCCUGGCAAAUUGGUCCCCAUCUCCUGCGAUCAAUAAUGCAACCGUUGAUAUCGUGGAAGGGCAAUUGAUUUGCGUUCUCCUUGUUACAGCCUUCAUUCUUGUCUUUCUUAUACGAGAAUGGGUGAUCAAUCAACAAAAUAUCCCCAAUCUACCUGAUGCCGACCUCGCCGAAAUCCCCCAACCCGCAUUCGUUGCACAAAAUGAAGCGGGCCCGGUUGUGAACCUGCAACCUCCGAAUCCUCAAGACGUUCCGGGGAUAGCAGGCGAGGGCAAUCUUGUCGCUUCGGAGAAUGAACAGCGACCUAUUGCUAUACCGACGGCACGGCGAGCUCUCACUGAUGAUAAUAUCUUGAACGUGGUCGAGGCCGGGUUUCAACGGCCGGAGCUACCUGUACGAUCACAGAGCUUGUUGACCAAUCAUGACUCCGCUCCAGAUCAUAGUGUUGAGGAGACUCCCGGGGAGAGCAGCGCGGGGUUGACUGAUGAUCACGACUCCAUACCAUUCAGACGACGUAGUCUGAGCAAUUCUAUGCUUGUUCAGGGAGGGUUUGAGGUGGCGCCGAAUGGUGAAGUCGGCAAUUUGAUACCCCAGGAUAGAUCUCUAGCCGGACUCGGAAGCGACUCGCCCUCUGACAGCCUUUUACAUACUCCCGAUUCAGCGCCACUGGGAGACUCUGGGAGUCCAAAGGUCGAAGAAUCUUGGGAACACGCUGCAGAAACCCUGAACACAAAGUUAUUGAUUGCGGAGGCGGCAGAAGCCAUAGAUGAAAGUGGCCAAGAUAUACUCCGUCCCAGAACGAGAGGGGAAGAUACCGAGUCGGAUGGACCAGCUGUACCCACACCGGACUCGAGUGAAGCAGGACGCUCUUCGACACGGGGCGAGGACCAAAGCCCUGUAAAUGGCAGUAUUCAAGGCACCCUACCACCGCCCGAGGAGCCAACAAUUCUAGGGAGAUUAUCACAAUGGCUUUGGCAUAUCGAUGACUCGAUCAAUGAUCCCAUUCUCGCCGAAACUGAAGACUAUGGACGCGUUCAGGAUGAUGAGGAAGUUGUGGAAGGUGUACUCCCGGAAGCUCCUUUCGUACCAAAUCACAACCGCGAAGCCAUCCAAGCUGGAGGCGCCGCCCUUGAGGAAGUACAAGCUCGGGAACCAGACUUUUUCCUGGGUGUCGAUCUCAACGAUCAGAAUGGUGCCGAGGACGGCGAAGAUCUCGACGGCGUUCUCGAAUUGCUCGGCAUGGAAGGCCCCAUCUUUGGCAUGUUUCAAAAUGUCGUCUUCAGUCUCUUCCUCAUCAUGGUUACUCUAACAGCCAGUGUUUGGUGUCCCUAUAUCUGGGGUAAGAUUGCCCUUCUGGUCAUGUCCAACCCGUUUGGUAUGCUUGUCAAGGCGCCACUAUUCGUUCUGUCCAAAAUGGCGGACAUAGUGUUUGACAUGAUCUUCUUCAUGGCGGGACUGGGUGGUUUUGUCCUUGCCCAACCUGUCAAGCUCAUCAAAGCCAUGAGUAUGCCAUUCUUCCCGGCCCUCAGCAACGUCCUCAAUCCUGCUCUGCUUGAAGGCUUGACCCUAGAUCUCACCCAAAAGAGCGGCGCACGCCUGGAAAGAACGUUAUCUGGGGCAGCUCUUCAUCUGAGACCGGAUCUGCCGACCUUCUCUAUGGUAUCUUACCAAGCUUUGAAAUCCUUCAAAGCAUCAUUUAGCAACACGUUCGCUUGGAUUCUCGCCUCGGCUCUCCGUGUUCAGGAGUUGACGGCCACGGAGUCUCUAACUUUCCCCUCGAUUGUUGCAGCAUGUGGAGAAUUUCUCAGAUCAGCUCCAGGGAGAAUUUCGAGCCUCGGGACGCUUGGCAUGGCUGCGCUGCGGAACCUACCCAAAGACUUGACCUCCGUUUCUUCUGCAAAAGGAGAUGAGGUGGAUUAUUCGUUGGUCGAAUGGAGUACUGAGGAUCGGAUCCUGACCAUCAUUCUUGGGUACGCGUUUUUCGCAGCUGCUGGCAUUGUAUUCCUGGAACUUGCUCAUGUUCUCCUGGGCCUCCAAGAGAACGAAAGGGUCGAAGGCUAUAUCGCGGACUGUCUUCGCCAAGCCGGAGGCGUGAUGAAAGUGAUUGUCAUUAUCGGAAUAGAAAUGUUGGUCUUUCCGCUCUAUUGCGGACUCCUUCUCGACCUGGCGCUCCUGCCUUUGUUUUCCAACGCCACCGUUGCCGGCCGAAUUGGCUUCAUCAUCAGAGCGCCGUUUACUGGCAUCUUCAUUCACUGGUUCAUUGGCACCUGCUACAUGUUUCAUUUCGCCCUGUUUGUGUCAAUAUGCAGGAAAAUCAUGAGGACGGGAGUUUUGUACUUUAUCCGAGACCCGGACGAUCCCAACUUUCAUCCUGUGCGCGACGUUCUUGAGCGUCCUAUUCCGGCGCAAUUGGGGAAAAUUGCAUUCUCCGCCUUGGUCUACGGCGGCCUGGUGAUUGUAUGUCUGGGUGGUGUUAUUUGGACCCUGGGUGGUGUGAAUGGCAUCUUCCCUAUUCAAUGGGCCACGGCGGAACCAAAAUUGGCGUUCCCAGUGGACAUCAUUUUCUACAACUUUAUGCUUCCAUUUAUUCUACGAAAGGCCGAACCCUCCAAAAAGAUUUCGGCCAUGUACAAGUGGUGGUUCCAGGUAUGUGCGAAAGCCUUGAGAUUGACCGACUUUCUCUUCGGCGAGCAGCGCGAGGAGGAAAAGUACAGCUCACCAAAAGGGUCCUUCUGGGGGUUGUUUGGGAAAGGCAACGCCAACCCUGUGCGGGACGGCGUUUAUGUUCGAGCACCUGCCUCCGACUCUGUUCGCAUACCCAAAGAACGGAACGUCUUCCUAGAAGUCACGGAGCAAAAUGACCGUGUUGAUGGGCUUCCUGAUCUGGAAUACGGCAUCCAUGGCAGUAAAGAUGAGCGCUUCACCAGGGUCUAUCUCCCUCCAAAAUUCCGAGCGCGAAUUGCAGCCUUCAUUGUCCUCGUGUGGUUGUUCGCCGCCUCGACAGGAGUGGCAUUUACGAUUGGUCCUCUAUUGGUUGGUCGAAAGGUGACUCAGUGGCUUUCCCAAUCGACCAAGCCGCCCAACGAUUUGUAUGCUUUUACUAUCGGCAUUCACAUCUUUGCGAUACUGGGCUACGCUGCCGCUUACGCUCGGUCCAUUCGAACCAAUGUCAGAACCAAGGUCCCACAGUGGUUCGGUCCACAGAUUCUUUCCUCGAUACAGUAUGGUCUGGGGCUGACAUAUUUGGGGUUGUACACUCUGGUCAUCCUGCCUUUUGUCCUGUCAUUGAUCACAGAGCUGUACAUACACGUUCCACUGUUCACAUAUUUGGAAAUGCGUCAAGAGAAAGCUACAGCAAGCAGUGUCUCCACCCAGCCCGUUGCCACCAUCUUCAUUCUGCAGUCCUGGACGAUUGGACUCCUUUACCUCCGACUGCUUCUCAGAUUGUUCUCACACCAGGUGGCCGAGGAUUCACAGGUAGCUUCCGCCCUGCGUGCCAUCACUCGGAACGGGUACCUCAAACCCGAUAUCCGACUGGCGAGUCGCGCCUUUGUGCUUCCCACCAGCAUCAUUUGCCUCGGUCUGCUCGGCCUUCCUCUUGCGUAUGCAAAGGGUGUCAUUCUGUUGACGGGACUCGACGACCCGGAAGCCCAGAUGCGCUUGUAUCGAAUGGCGUAUCCAGCCGUCCUGGGCCUCAUAGUGCUCUGGUUAAUGAUGAUGGGGUUGCAACGUCAGCUGGCGAGCUGGAGGGCCAAGAUUCGUGACGAAGUUUACCUCAUUGGCGAGCGACUGCACAAUUUCCACGAGUCCACGGCGCAGAGAGCUGAGAAUGGAAAAGGGAAGGAAAAGGCCCUCUAG